GCAAGGAGGGGAACGAUGGAAGGGAGAUUUUCUUGUGUGCGCCUUUUGCUGUUAUCCUGGGAUUGGUACUUUGGUGUGGAGGUUACAAUACAAUCUCGCAGCCGAUUUUGGCUCACUUGAUGGGAUUGGGUGAGGUUUGCUCGGGUGCCUGGGCUUGGUAGGCUGUUGAGACGAGGGUUGCGCGUUCAAGGCGGAAAGAGAAAUUAUUACAACAUAGCAAACGGAUGCUCAACCGUACUGGGGGUGAGAGCUACUGUACGGUGGCCCACUCGAGAGGGAAAAUAUUGGUGUCCUGUAUCGACGUAGUUGCGAAGAGAGAAAACGAGAGUCUUCUGAGCGAAUAGAUAACAUUUAGUUACGAGUUUUUGCAUACACCAGACGCGCGCGCCAUUAUCAUGCAUACGUGAGCACAAAAUUUUCACAAUUUUCCACAAAGUUAAAAUAACAUUAUCAUUUUUCUCUCGAACGUUGACAUGCGACGUGGUGGCUCCGGAUGAUGUGAAUCUCAGAGAAUGGGUGUUGGACACUUGGUGGAAGCAGUGUGUUUCAAGGAAUCAGUACAACAUCUGUCAUCAACCGGAAUGGUUUAUUCUAGAGGAUAAUACCAAGUGGAAGUGUUAGUUGAAUAUUUUGAAGAAUUGCUAGUGAUUUUACUGGAGAUCAAUUGUUAAGUUGUUGUGUUGUUUCAAAUACGAUUGAGAGAAAAAAAAGUUACGAAAAUUCGCAAUAGAAACCUAAAGUGCGAAUAACUGGCAACUUUGCCUCGGAGAUGCAUUCUUCUGCUUCGCCACUAUCUUCGCCUUCACCAUUGGAUUUACGACCUGUACUUGGCGGAGCCGUCGUUCCUGCAAUGCACCACCCCCAUGAAUCUAUGCACCGGGUUCAAAGUCCCAGCAACGCUGCCAAUGCUACCAAUCAGCAACAUAGUCAUCAUUCGCAUCAACAUCAUAACCAUCAUCUUCAGAGUAUCGCAAACGGAAACACUAGUACCAACAAUACCACUACAAUGAGCGGAAGCAUUACUAGCAGCACUUCAAACGACAAUAACAGCAAUCAUCAAGACGAUGGUGAUGGUGCCACGGGCAACAGUUCCAAUGGCACAGGAAGUACUAAGUCUUCACGCGCCCAGGCAUUGGUGAAGCCACCUUACUCGUAUAUCGCACUAAUUACCAUGGCAAUCCUGCAGUCACCCCAGAAGAAGCUCACACUUAGCGGGAUAUGUGACUUUAUAAUGAACAGAUUUCCCUACUACAAGGAAAAAUUCCCCGCCUGGCAGAACUCCAUCCGGCACAACCUGAGCCUGAACGAUUGCUUCAUCAAAAUACCUCGCGAGCCGGGUAAUCCAGGAAAGGGCAACUUUUGGACGCUGGACCCACUGGCAGAGGACAUGUUCGAUAACGGAAGUUUUCUCCGCCGGCGGAAACGCUACAAACGCACAACAAUACCACCGGGGAUGAACUUCCCGGCGGUAUUCAAUCCUUUCGCCCCGUUUUGGAUAAGAAAACCGGUUCCGGUGAUACCGAUGCAGUUCCCACCUCAUGCAAACAUGGCCGGGUUCGGUGAUGGGCUGCCAGUUCCGACGCGAGCUGACUUCAUGUUGGAUAGCAAGUUGAAUUUGUUCGGUGGUAAAAUGGAUGAUUUGAACGCGGCCGUAAUGGAAAACAGUGAGUUCCUGCAGCGAAAUGUGGACAGUUUGAAGAUUUCCAGUGCGAUGAACAAGUUUUUCCACGGAUACAAUAGUGACGGCGGUGGACCCAGUGGAUCAUACGAAGACAGUGUGAACAGCUUACAGUGCAAUAACAAUAACAACAGUAGUUCAAUUAUUAGAGAUAGUAUGAGUGGUUAUUUCACUAAAACCAACAGCAACGUUCCUAUGAACAUCCCUAAUGACCGGUAUCCGGUGAGUGUUAACCGAAACAGGGGCUCUCCGUCGGUCAUCGGCACUGGGGACAAUACCAGUGCUUAUGAUCUGGAACUAUCAAAUGAUGAUAAAAUUGAUGUGGAAAGUGAUGAUGAUUACAAAUCAUUGGGGAAAGACUAUGAUUCCAUGCAGAAAAGAACCGAAUCAUAUACAAUUCGUAAUGGUCACUAUUCUCCGACGGAACGAGAGACUGCUAAAGAAUAUGUACCUAAUGAUUCUACGAAACCUCCGAAUGAGGUCGAUGACGAUUGCUGUGAGGACGAUGAUAAUUCCGAUAAAGCUAGUAGUGGAUCCCCAGAUCAUCAACGAGAGUCACAUAAAAACUAUUACAUGAGUAGUUUUGAGGAUACUGGCCAUUUCCUGCCAGAUGCCAUUACUGGAAGGUAUGAAAAUUUGAAAAGAGCUGCGGAAAAUGAAGAAUUAAACGUAGUCGACACGUACGCAGAAACUAAACUAGUUGGAUUCGACUUCGUGAGUCGAAAGCGCAAAUACGGAAACACCAAGGGGUUUAGCAUAGAAAAUUUGAUUGGUUGUAAUGUUGACGACAGAUGAACCGGCGAGAGAAUGCUCUCAGACAGUACCUAAUAUGUAUGCUGGAUGAUUGUAGAAGGCAACUUUUUAAAGUAUUUCAAAAUCUGUAGGGUGACGUUCUGUAAAUAGUGAAACCAAAAUGUAACGAUUAUUUGUGAUGGUAUAUUAAAUAUAUGAUUUUAGCAUUUUACCAAAAUAG